ACGUGCUAUAUCUGUUCAUCGGCUAUUACUAUCUAUAUAACUUGUUGUGGUUGCAUGUAAAAUACAGCGCAUAUAGUAAUUAUUACAUUGCUACUGCUGGAUCCUAUCUCAACUUGGAAAUGUAGUGUUUGCUCUCCUAAUUUUGAUUUACUUUCUAAAAUUAAUAAAUUGUUCGACCUUUUAAAAUCUACUAAUGAUAAAAUUGAUCAUGUAUUUGCCUUAAAUACACGCCUUCGAGAAAAAUUAUGUUUACUGGAGUCAAGAAUUGUCAAAUUUGAAUCACAUCCAACUACUAAUGCCAACGCUUCUUAUUCAGACAUUUUCAACGAACUGCAAGACCGCCAAUCAUGUGAAAAAAAUAUAAUUUUAUUUAACGUCGCCGAUUCUGCUAAUGAUGUCGAAGACACCUCACUAGUUAAUGAUAUUUUUGAUAAAAUUGUUGCUACUUCAAAAAUAGUUCGUCUGGGUUGAACAGUACCAAAAUCUCGACCGAUAAAAAUUAUAUGCGUAAACAAAUCUGACGUUGGGUUAUUACUGAAAUCAAAAAAUCGCCUCCGGAAUCUGCCUGACAUGAAAUUUAUCCGAUUAACCGUUGAUUGGACCACUUCACAACGCAGUUUCUACAAUUAAGUACGAGAACAACUUUCAAUACGCAAAAAUAUGAGUGAAAAUAACUUUUACAUCGGCUAUAUGGCUAUAUCAAAGAAGUUCCAUUGUUCCAACCAUUCUACAAAAAAACUAAAUACCGCGUCAGACUCUGACUAACUUUUUAAAAUCGAUUCUACCAUCAAAAUACAUGGAGCCAAAUGAAAAAACUGACUUAAUAACUAGUCAUGUGUACACAAAUUACUCAAGUAAACCAMAUAAUUUGCAUUAUGCAAGUACAAUAAGCCGAGUGUUAUGGCUGGCAUUGGUAGUAACAAUGCCAUGUUUGGCGCCGGGCAUGAGUUUUGGAUAUUCUGCUAUUGUUUUGGAUCAAUUGGAGUUAACAGUUAAUGAACAAUCAUGGUUUGCUAGUCUACCAUCUACGAUGAUGCCAAUCGGUUGCCUGUUAAGCGGGCCGAUGAUCGAUAAGCUCGGCCGUAAGACGGCGCUUAUGGUGACCAACCUGCCGUCUUGUCUGGGAUGGCUGUUGUUGUCCAGGCAGCCGGCCAGCCUGUAUGUGCUGUAUACAGGCCAACUGCUGGUGGGCAUGUCAGUGGGCUUGUCUACAACCCCGGCCACAGUUUACGCGGCUGAGUGCAUCACGGUCAAUUACACCGGGCUACGUGGAUGCUUCACRAUAAUGACGUCCAUCAUGCUCAACUUCGGCAUGUUCCUCACGUACCUGUUGGGCGCGCUAAUGCCCGCGUACGUGGUUGCUUACGUGGCGGCGUUUGUGUCGUUUGCCGCAUUCAUAUUCAUUGGCCUGCUCAUUCCCGAAAGUCCACCGUGGCUGUUUGGACAGGGCCGCCGCGGUGACGCAGAGUUCUCUCAGCGGGUUUUACGUAUUGCCCAGCCCAUACUGCAAACGUCUCGGGCAAUGUCACUAGACGGAGAUACUGCCACCACGGUGCGCGUCAGGUCCCGGAUCGUGGACAGGCUAUCCGAGCCGGACGUUUACAAGCCAAUGGCGAUAAUGACGACGUUCCUGUUCUUCCAGCAGGCGUGUGGUUCGUUUGUGCUAACCGCGUACAUGGUUCAGCUACUCGGCGGCCUCGACGUGACCGUAGACAAUUACGUGGUGACACUGCUGGCGGGGUUCACCAACCUGGCGGCUAUGGUCAUGCUGUCUGUACUACUCACCCAGUCCGGUUUCAAGCAGCUGUCCUAUGUGUCAUGCGCUGGCUACGCCGCUUCCAUGAUGCUGCUAGCCGGGUUUCUGCAAUGCUAUAGCGGCGGUGAUUCGUUCGUUAAUAAUGUGGUGGUCAUCGGUUGUGUACUGCUCAACAUGGCCAUGAACGGRCUGGGACUUCGGCCCAUACCGUAUGCUAUGCUCGGCGAAGUGUUCCCCACUGACGUGGCAGGUGUGGCCGGUUCUAUCGUCGCGUGCAUGUCGUCUGUAUUCAACUUCAUUGCCAUCAAGUCGUACCCGUAUCUGCGCAUAUGGCUGGGCCCGGGCGUGUUCGCGCUGUACGGGGCCCUGGCGCUGCUUACGCUAGUGUUCGUCGCGGUGAUCGUACCGGAUACCCGGGGCAAAACCAUUAAGCAAAUAAGCGACGAGUUCCUGCGGAAGAAGUCUGACAGCGGUUAUGACACCGGAGGUUACCGUAAGGGGAGUACCAUCGCCGAUGAGGUCAUUUGAACUAUGCAUGAUGGGUGUACCUUUAUAUUUUAUUAUAAUAUAUUGAUUUUCGAGGAUCUCAUUUUUCAUUAUAUCGUUAUAAAUAUAAUAUUAUAUGAUUUCUUUUUUCUCUUUUUUUUAUGUCCGUGACGAUUAU